AUGUCGUAUCUCCACUUUCUUGUAGUAGAAGACAAAUUGCUUCAGCUUCCUUCUGCUUGCAAGCUCGCUAAUGCCAGCAUUUCUAACUGCCCUGAGUUACUCAACAUUCCUUCAACUUCUCCUGAUUAUGCCAUCUUCACCAAUGCAUCUACUGCGUCCAAAACCCCGGUGGCCACACCUGCUGGGGCUUCUUCAUCAUCGUCGCCCGACACUACAAAGGAUUCCUCCAACGGAUUCAAGAACGGACCCCAGCUUUCAAUCUUUGGAACAGCAAUGGCUGCUGCAGUUGUAGCAGUCAUUUUAAGUGUAAUUCCUAGGGGAGCUACUAGUGUUUUGAUGUACGUCGGGAACUAUGUUGUAUGGAUUUGCUUGGCUGGUACAAGACUUAAUUUCGCUUCUUUUUCCUCUGGAUUUGAGAAAGUAAUAUGUGCCGGUGUAUCACGAUUAUUUAAGACCCAGAUUGCACCAUACUGGAUCUUGUUUUAG